GCGGACUCGAGCAUGCGCCGACAACCCAGGAAGAGAAGGUCGUGAGCAAGAUGGCGACGCUCUGCGUGAUGAAGUCCGUGAGAACGGCGCUCGGUGCAGUGCGCUCCGCUCUCGCUAACAGCUUAAACCCGAGGCCGUUUACUGGACCCCAGGUGUCGGUGUUUGGCUGCGCGUCGAGUCGCGGAAUCCGGCAAGUGGUGGAGAAGCAGGAUGGCAAAACUACAGUAAUCGAGGGUUUGAUGGCGCCCGCCCCGAAGAGCCAACAACCCCCAAACCCAUCUGCCAAAUGCCCGAUUUACCGUUGGAACCUUCAGAACAAGUACACGUACACGGACGUUCUAUUGCUGAGUCAGUUCAUCCGCUCUGAUGGAGGGAUGCUGCCCAGACGCAUCACAGGCCUCUGUGCUCAGGAACACCGCAAGAUCGCGGCGUGCGUGCAGAUGGCGCACCGAGCAGGUCUCCUUCCAGACCACAGACCACGUCUUCCUGAAGGCCACGUAGCAAAGCCCAAACGCCACCCGCCACUCAACAGGUACCUGACUCGUUACUCUGUGAAAUCGGUGAAGCCCAUCUACAGGAAAGGAGUGAAGUGGUGUAAGAACCGCAUGCCUGUAGGACACCCAGCUCUCAAGGACAACAUCAGAUACGGUCCCAAGCCGAUCUACACCAAACACUGACGCUUCCGCAGACGCAAAAAAACAACAACAAGGCGUCGAUGCGAUCGGGAUGGCUGGGACCUCCAGAGAUCUGCAGAGUGAUCACUUGUCCUUGUGGAUGACACUUCCUGCUUUCGAUGCUCCUGAGAUGUCGCACAGCAUCGUUCUGACCUUGAGAACUGAAUACACAAGACCCUUUUUUUUUUCUUCCCCACAGUUACUGUCACAGGCUGUGUGUUGAAAGCUGACACUCACUUCCUGAACUGCAGAUGCUCCAAAUAAAACUGGGUACCAUGCUUA